UGCGCGCGCUCAUUCACACGAGCAUGCGCAUUGAAUCAUCUAAACGUCACUUGACGUGUUAGCAACGCUACAUAAACCGGCCCUACUUCCUUGACAACUUCAUUUUGUCUUUUUUGCAGCUGCGCUAGUUGUGCUGCUUUCGAGCAGAAAAGAAAGGAGAUUUUGUUGUUUAGCCAGUCGCCCGAGGCCAGUAAUGUAGUCGGCCGUCGUCUCUAACAGUAAAGUGCACGCUGUGAGUGUUGUCGCAGUGUAGGUCGUAGAGUGUGUCCAGAGCUGAGGGCGAGCAGUAACGUAGCUAGUUGUAGUGUCGUCUCUUCCAAGAAAGUGUAGGCUGUAGUCAGGUAGCGAGAGAGAGUCGGUAGUCGGAGAGAGUGGCCAGAACUGACGGCCGCUAGCUCCUCCAGCCAUGGCCUCCCCUCGCCCCUCGCCUCACGACAAAAAAUAUAUGAUGUUCACCAGAAACAAUGUCCAGAGAGCUGUCAGGAACGUGAGGAGGACUGAUGAUCUGGGGCUCUGUUUGGGUGUCCCUGAGAGGAGACGGAGGAAAUUCAGAGUCAGUUCAGAGGAGAUGAGGGACGACAGGUGGAGGAAUAUGUCACCUACUUCAUGGACCACGACCCACUAGCCUCCUGGAGACGAGUUAUUGUUGUUCUUGAUAGGAUUGGAGAGAAAGAGGGUGCAGAUAAGAUACGACAUCUGGCGGAGUCUGUCACAGACCCCACACUCACUAUCAACAACCUCCGUCACGUCACCUCUUCAGUCCAGGACUGGUAUGGUCUGGGGGACUAUUACUAUGGUCUUGGUGUUCCUCGUCCUGUGCUGGAUGAGAUCAUGGAGGAUCCUGCCCUGACAGAGGAGGAGAAGAAAACAAAGGUCCUACUCUACUUCCUCCACAAUGUCCCGAUGGCCUCCUGGGAGAGAGUUGCAGGAGCACUGUACUACAGGAAGGAGGAGAGGGCAUUACAGGCAGUGAAGGAGUUCCUGCCAGUCUCACCAGAGGCCAGUCUCACUCCAGAGAACCUCUCCACAGUUCUAGACAUCAUGAGUGACGGUCUGUGGAGGAGUUUGGUGGAUAUGCCAACAUACCAGACUCUGAGAUGGACAGGAUCGAGGCACAGUGUACCAGUGACAGAGAGUGCAAACAGGCCCUCAUUCACUCCUUCAUCUCCUCACAUCCAGCACCAUCCUGGACUCUUGUGGCAUGGGCUCUCUACAUGACUGAGUGGGACGAGGGUGGCGGCAGUAGUCUCAGAGCAUUGGAUCACCUGCAGCAGCUGUUCCCCACUGGAAGAUUCCGCUCCAAGCAGAUCUACGAGCAGGAGAUGAAACGAGGCCACAUUGAGCUGGACCUGGACAAAAUGCUGCUGUUUGGCACGGCUGGCAGUGGCAAGACGUGCUCCCUCGCUGCACUGCUCGGAGUGGACCCUCCCACCAUCCGACACAGCACUCCAGUCAUGAAAAGACCAAUCGAGGUCGUGUUCGUGGACGUCGACGGCAAAAAACAGUGGAAGAAACGAACAUUAGACCAACUGCCAGACGCCAUCGCUGAAGUAAUGCGGUCGCGAAUGCCACGGCAACAGUCAGUGGCACAGAGCAGUGGUGGCCCAGCCUCCCCCGACCAGCAGUCUCCCCACACCGCAGCCAGCCAGUCAGCUCAGCCAACUCCAGAGAAGACGAGUAGCUCCACGUCUGAAGCAGCCGGGAAGAGCACAGCAUCCUCGGAGGAGAAGCCCAGCGCCAGGGAGCGGCAGGAGGCAGAAGGGAGGCUGGAUUCCCUGCUGCUGUCGAGUGCGGUGGACGAGGGGUUUGUACAUCUCAUCAACAGUGCUCCUCCCUCCCUGGAGCCCAUCCUGCGACUGAAGCAGUUCCUCGUGCUGGACUCUGGCGGCCAGCCCGAGCUUCUGGAGAUGAUGCCCGUCUUCCUGAGGGGUGCGUCCAAAUUCGUCUACGUCUUGAAGCUCCACGAGUCUCUUGACAAGCGAGCGACGAUCCGUUACUUCAAAGACGGCAAGCUAGUGUGGGAGUACCCAGCCUACCUGACCAACGAAGGGACCCUGAGACUGUGCGUGCGGACCAUGAGGUCCCUGAACAACAAGAACCCCGACAUCCCUCCCGCCAAAAUGAUGUUUCUGGCCACCCACCGAGACAUGGUGGCAGACGAGCAGCUGCCCGGAGUGCUGGACACUCUGCACAAGAGGCUGAGGGAGAUCCUCUUGCCUCAGUUCAGGGAGCAGCUCAUCUACUGCGAUACGAAACAGGACGACUUUGUCUUCACACUGAAUGCGGCAAAGCCGGAGAAGGAGGACAGGGAGUGUGCGGAGAGCAUUCGGGAGUGUCUUAGUAAGGAGGGGGAGGGGGGAAGGGAGGUGAAAGUGCCGUUGCGAUGGUACGCUCUGUACCAGAAGCUGCUGGAGGUGGCAAAUGAACUGGGGAAGAAGGUGCUGCCUCGAGAUACGUGCCAGAAGGUGGCAGAGUCGAUGGAGAUCGAUGACGAGUCGUGUGGGGAAGCCCUGAACUUCUUUGACGGUCUGAACAUGCUGUUCUACUUCCCCGACAUCCUGCCCCAGCUGGUGUUCAUGGAGCCACAGAUGUUGCUGGAUAAGGUCUCGGAGCUGGUGGAGGAGACCUACCACAUGAGGCAGGGAAAGAAAGGCGUGUCGGGGGAGAAGCUGAGGUUCCGUGACCACGGCGAAGUGACGGAAAAGUUUCUGGGGGAGUUCGAGAGCCACUACGAGCCACCUCUGUUCACACCCAAGGAGCUGGUGACCCUGCUAAAGGGGUUGCUGGUGUUUGCGGAGAUGUCGGAGGACGUGUACUUCAUGCCGUGUCUGCUGCAAGUGGUGGCGUGGAAGGUGGUGGAGGAACACCGAGUGAGUGGCGGGAAAGCCCUGGCUCUUCACUUCCCCGACAGCGGUCCCCUGAUGGGAACGUUCUGCUCCACUGUAGCUUACCUCCUGUCCCCCGAAAACAGUCACCCCUGCCCCUGGAGAGUGGUUCAGAACGAGGCAGGAGCUCCGGAAUGCCUCCAUCGCAACGUCAUGAAAUUCACCAUCCCCAAAUACGUCGGCACCGUUUCACUCAUCGAUCACUUCACCCACUUUGAACUCCACCUAUGCACCCACCCCAAGAAGGCAGCUCAGCUGUGGAAACUGGCACACGACGCAGUGUUUGCAGGUCUCAAGAAAGCAGGGAAGACCAUCGGCUACACAAACAACACUCCAGUCCCAGCCAUCGUAUGCCCCGCCCACCCCCGCCCAGCCAAACCCCACCCCGCAGUCGUGACAGAUGGCGUCUGGGCAUGCUCAGUCAACUCUGAAAGUUUGGAGACAUUGACGAGGACUCUAUUCCAUGGCUGACCCUCUGCACGUCUACCUCUGCUGAGUCAGCCACGUCCUCUCUCUCCUCUUCAUCUUCUGCAGUUCCCCCCACCUCCCAGCCUCCCCUCUCUGUCUCCACAGCUCCUGCCUCCUCUACCACUGCCACCACUACUACCAACACUCCUGUGUCAGAGUGUUCCACAGUCUCCUCCACUACUGCCUCUGUUCCCUCUCUCUCCCUGUCCUCUCCUCCUGUCUCCACUACCACUACCAACACUCCUGUCAGCCAAUCUGUCUCUACCUCCUCCACUACUGCCAGUGUCUCCACAGCUCCUCAUCCUGUCUCCUCCAGUCCUGUCAUCGAGUGUUCCUCCACCUCCUCCACUACUGCCACAGCUGCUAUUCCUCUCUCCUCCACUGCUAGCACCACUCCUGGUGAUGGUGUCUGUCGACCCACUCUGCCAGAGCUACUUCGUCUGGAAAUCCCCGAGGGAAUUGCCACAAGCUACACCACAUUUGGAAUCUUCCUCCUCAACGACGAGACGGGGGAUAAAGUGGACAUCAUCGAGGACCAACACCGCGGGAAUCCAAAGAGGAUUUCUCGCAGCAUUCUGGGGGAGUGGCUCAGAGGAAAGGGACUACUUCCCGUGACGUGGGAGACUCUGGUCAAGGCUCUCAGAGACACCAAACUUUUUGCUCUCGCUGACAAAGUCCAGGCCGCAAAAUUGUAACCACCCAUGUUUUGUACACCACAUCUCUAUACCACACUUUCUUCCCAUCUCUAUACCACACUCACUUUCUUCUCAUCUCUAUACCACACUCACUUUCUUCUCAUCUCUAUACCACACUCACUUUCUUCUCCGUGUUUUGUAUACUGCAGUAUAACUUUUGGAAUAUUAUGUUUCUUAUUGGAGCACAUGUUUACUGU